AUUUCGUAGCAGCCCCUCCCACCCCCACCCCCCGACUUUUGUUUUCUCUCCUCUUUUUUGCCCUAUUGAUUAGGGUUUCCUCAUCGCCUUCUUCCUCCGCCUUUGAUUUUUGUUUUUGAUUUUUCUGUUUUUGUUUAGUUAUUUUCUUUCCGUCUGAUGCAUCCGGUGUUUCUCGGGGGACGACUGUGGAUUGUGUUCCUGUUGCUUGAUCUGAUUGUUUUUGCUCUCUCACAAGGGUUUUCUGAGCUUCCGCGGCUUGGAUUUGGCUUUUCUGGACAGUUACGAUGUCUAAGGUCCUUGAUUUCAGUGGUGAUGAUGGUUUUUGCGGGGGAUUUCUAUAUGGAAACCCCAACAAGUCUGGUCUUUUUCUAUCUCUCAGCAGCCAAGUGGAUGUGUAUUUUCCUCCUCGCAAAAGGUCCCGAAUCAGUGCUCCAUUUGUUGUUAGCGAGGAGCGAAAGCAGCAGCCGACUAUUGAAGUCCUCCCCGACGAGUGCCUCUUUGAGGUUUUCCGCCGUCUUUCAGGAGAUCAGGAGAGAAGUGCUUGUGCCUGUGUGUCGAAACGUUGGCUCUUGCUUUUGAGUACCAUCCAUAGGGAUGAAAUAUGUACUGCUGCUGCAGCACAAUCUGUGGAGCCCGAGAUCAAAUCUGAGGCAGAGACCAAUUCUGCCAUGCCUAAGGAGAAGGGUGAAUUUGUCGAUCUAAAUGGAAUUCGGUCUGAGGAUGAGGAAUCUGUUGGCACUGACCCUCAUGGUUAUCUGUCAAGAUGCUUGGAAGGCAAAAAGGCAACUGAUAUUCGAUUGGCUGCAAUCUCUGUUGGAACUGCGAGCCGUGGUGGUUUGGGGAAGCUUUCUAUCCGGGGAAAUAAAUUUACAAAGAAUUUGUCGAAUCUUGGCCUUAAGGCUAUAUCUCGUGGCUGCCCUUCUUUGGGGGCUCUUUCAUUGUGGAAUGUAUCGUCAAUUGGUGAUGAGGGCCUCUUUGAUAUAGCAAGUGGUUGUCACUUGCUGGAGAAGCUCGAGCUUUUGCAAUGCUCGGCUAUAUCUGACAAAGGAUUAGCCGCCAUUGCAAGGAACUGUCCAAACCUGACAACUGUUACCAUUGAAUACUGCCCGAAAAUUGGUGAUGAAAGCUUGCUGGCUUUGGGUCGGAACUGUCCCAACCUGAAGUGCGUAACUGUUAAGAAAUGCCCUCUUGUUGGCGACCGUGGGGUUGCAAAUCUGUUUUCUUCUGCUGGCAAUGUCAUAGAAAAAGCAAAUUUACAUUCGCUGAAUAUCAGUGAUGUGUCACUUGCUGUAAUUGGACAGUACGGGACAGCCAUGACACGUAUGGCGCUUGGUAAUCUCAUUAAUGUGAACGACAGGGGAUUCUGGGUUAUGGGUAAGGGUCAAGGUUUGCAGAAGCUGAAAGUUUUGUCCGUAACUUCCUGCCGAGGAAUUGGAAAUUCCGGGCUUGAAUCUAUUGCUGUGGGCUGCCCAGAUCUCAAGGUUGUUACCCUCCAAGAUUGUCCACUUGUCUCUGACAUGGGAGUUACAUCAUUUUCUAAAGCUGCUUGUUCUCUUGAAAGUCUUCAGUUGGAUGAGUGCCAUGGGAUCACACAGUGUGGUGUUUUCAGUGUUCUUACAAACUGCGGCGGGCAAUUGAAAUCCAUUUCUUUGGGAAACUGUUUGGGAAUCCGGGAUGUCAACAUUCGAUUCCCAGACACUGCACCUUGUUAUUCUCUCCGAUCUGUGACUGUCCGUGGCUGCCCUGGAUUCGGCAAUGCUGGCUUGGCCAUGCUUGGAAAACUCUGCCAGAAUCUGACCCACCUGAAUCUCAUCGGCCUUGAGGGAGUAACUGUUUCCGGCAUUCUACCUCUCUUACGGAAGUCGGAUUCCGGCCUGAAGAAAGUGAAUCUGAGCGGCUGUGUCAACGUGACUGAUAACGUGGUUGGUGAAAUUGCUGAGCUUCAUGGUGAAACUUUGGAGGUUCUUAACCUGGACGGCUGCAGGCUCGUCACUGAUCUGAGCUUGAUGGCAAUCGCAAGAAACUGCCCAAUCCUCUCAGAAUUAGAUGUUUCCAAGUCUUUGGUAACCGAUUCCGGAAUUGCAGUUUUGGCUGGGGCCGAGCAGCUCAAUUUACAGAUAUUAUCCCUGUCUGGUUGCGCUUCAUUGUCUGAUAAGAGUUUCCCGUCCUUGGCCAUUUUGGGCAACACUUUAGCCGGUUUGAACAUCCAGAGCUGUUGCGGAUUCAGCUCCGGCGCUAUCCAUUUGCUCUUCGAGCAUCUCUGGAGAUGCGACACACUUCAUUAAGCAGAAAAAUCUAUCGAAGAAACCCCCUUCAAGAAUUAAAUUUGAAGGCAUUAAUUGAAGGGGGCGAUGAUCAGAAAUUGCCGUGGUUUGGUUCAAGUACUCUUUUAGAAACUAUAGUCGUAGUUUUUGGGUCCAAUGCAAAUGGGUCUUCUGCAUUUCAGCCCUGGAGUCGUUUUUUUGUCCUGCUAACACAGCCACAGCCUUUUUUUGCAGCUCGCUGUUUGGGAAUUAUUUUUCCCGUUUAUUUGUGGCUGUGCUUAGCUGCGACCCCAUUCGACUACAGGUUCUUGAUUUGCGGAUUCUGUUUUAAUUGGUUCUCUAUCGUAAUAUGCUUCUGUUUGUGAUUGAUCGUUUAUGUGAGCGAGCGUCUAAAUACAUGUGAGUCGGUCGGUCUGGUAAUAUAGGGUUUGUGUCGUUGUUUGGUGGUUGCUUUUGGCAGUUUCCGAGCCUGUUGUGUUUGCUCCGAGGGCUUUGGCGGUGGCCAGCCACGACGGCCUCUUUUGACGGGAGGCUGUUUUUUCAUUUUUACCAAGCCCGGGUUUUGCAGGCUCGUUUCGAAGCUGUCGUAUGCGACCUUGUUUAUGUAAUGAAAAAUGGUGAAAACCUCUACUUUGUUAUAUAUAUAUAUAUAUAUAUGUAAGUUGUGUGAAUGAAUAAAAAGGGUGUCCUGUCCUA